AUGACAAAUGGAAAUGGCACUGAAGUUACUGAAUUCUUUCUUCUGGAAUUUGGUGCCGAACACAGGUUUCAGCAUGUCCUCUUCACUGUAUUUCUACUCAUCUAUGUCACCUGCAUGGUGGAUAAUAUUGGAAUGAUCCUACUCAUCAAAGCAGAUUCCAGACUUCAAACACCCAUGUACUUUUUCCUACAACAUUUGACAUUUGUUGAUAUCUGUUUUACCACCACAGUCAGUCCCAAGACAUUGCAAAACCUCAUAUCAGAAAAUAAAUCAAUUUCCUUCAUGGGAUGUGUAAUGCAAUUAUGGGUUUAUGGGACAUUUGGUACAAAUGACUGUUACCUCCUGGCUGCUAUGGCAGUGAACUGUUAUGUAGCCAUCUGUAAACCACUUCACUAUCCUAUAGUCAUGUCCCAUACAAUAUUAAUUCAAUUCAUAGCUGGUUCAUAUGUAAUCAGCUCAAUAAACACCUCUGUACACACAGGUUUAUUAUUUUCACUCUCCUUUUGCAACUCCCACAUCAUUAAUCACUUUUUUUGUGAUGGUUCCCCAAUUCUAGCCAUUCCAUGCUCUAACACUGCCAUCAGCAUCAUGCUACUUGUUGUCUUUGUGGGAUUUAACUUGGCGUUCACUAUGUUGGCUGUCAUCUUCUCUUAUAUAUACAUUCUGGCCACAAUCUUAAAGAUGCCUUCUACUGCAGGGAGGAGAAAGACCUUCACCACAUGUGUCUCCCACCUGACAGCAGUCACCAUUUUCUAUGGAACCCUCUCUUACAUGUACUUACAGCCUCAUUCUAAUAAUUCCCAGAACAACAUGAAAGUUGGCUCCAUAUUUUAUGGAAUUUUGAUUCCCAUGUUGAACCCCCUGAUAUAUAGCUUGAGAAAUAAGGAAGUAAAAGAAGGUCUAAAAGGAAUAGGGAAGAAGAUCUUCUAG